CAUCAAUGCUAAUAAAGAACCUGUAUUUUUAAAGGUGUAGUACAAUAUCAAAAUGGUUUCAACAUGAGGUUGCUGUGCUGUUAUUGUUAUCAUCACAGCAAACACACAUCAGUAGUGCUAACAGUUUAUUAUUGUUAUAAUAGGCACUAAUUUAUUGCCUUUUUGUGCAUUUUCUCCGAAUUAUGACCACAUCCUGAACAGGACUAAAUGCAUGCCUGCAGAUGCAGAACUGAGUUCAGAAACUGUUAUUGAUGUUCCCAAAUAUCUGGGCAACUUGAAGUACCAAGUGUGGGAGAAGAUGAAGGACAUCUGCCCUUACUAUACCAGUGACGCUGUAGAUGAGACAAUGGAGGGUCGUGGAAGAGAUGAAGCUAUGAAGAGAAAUCAAGAUGAACAGAGAGCUGUCAAUGUUAAUGCGAGUGGUGGUUCAACUAUAUUUGCUCCAGUAAUGUUUGGAAACAGCGUCCAAGGCUCAUCAACCGUCAACUACAACUCAACCCCUGUUGCUGUCGCUCAGCCGCCUGUGCAGCAGGAGACCAGAAAUGCUCCGAUGUCUGUGGAGGAGCAGCCCAUCCAGUCCGAUUGGAAGAGACCAUUAAGCAUUACUCCAUCCAGACAAGAGUUUAAGAACAGAAUUCUUACAGAAAAGAAAAAUGACAUUUAUAUGCCAAAGGACAAGUCUCAGAGGAAAGGUUUAGCACUGCUGAUCACCAACAUAAAAUUCAAGCACUUGGAAAAAAGGAACGGAGCAGAGGAAGAUGAGAAGAACAUGGAGUGGCUGCUGGAAGCUUUGGGUUACAGAGUUGAGAAGCACAGAAAUCUCUGUGGAUGGCAAAUAGAUGAUGAGGUGAAGGAAUUCGCUGAACUUCCUGACCAUAAAGACUCGGACAGCACCUUUGUGGUUAUAAUGUCUCACGGGGAAAGAAUCAAUAAUAAAGAUGCCAUUGCAGGUGUCAACCAUGAUCCCGAGAACAACACCAGUGAUGUCUUCUAUGUUGACGACAUCUUCACUCAUCUGAACUCAGUGAAUUGUCCUGCUCUGAUUGACAAACCAAAGGUUAUUCUGAUCCAAGCCUGCAGAGGAGAACACACAGAAGGUGAUGAAAUACAAUCCGAUGCCAUUGCUCACACAGAGAAAGACUUCAUCCCUUUUAAGUCCUGCCUCCCCGGUACCAGCGCAUACAGGCAUCGUGACACUGGAAGUUUUUUCAUCAUGUACAUCGUGGAGGUGUUCUGUAAAUGGGCUCAUGCUGAUCACGUUGCAGAGUUGUUCAGGAAGGUCGCCUUACGCAUGGAGAAUGACUCACGAUUCACAGGUGUGAAAAAACUAAUGCCGUGUAUUGACAGGAUGUCCUUUCCGAAGCACUUCUACCUGUUCCCUGGACUCUGAGCAUGUGCGGAUUAAAAUCAGCUUAAGAAAGACAUCACUGGUUGACAAUAAGAAUCUGAACAUUGGAUGAAGUCUGACUCAAAACUUAUUUUGAGGAAUGAUUUUAAGAUUUUUAUUGUAAAUCUACAAAAGGAAUAGAUAAAGUGUAAUAAAAAGCAAAAUGAACUACAAAA